AGUGGCCACAAUCUCGCCAACUUGCAGCCAAACAUUUACCUUAGCAACUCGAUACACCAUCAGCAAAUUGUUCCUCCCUGGCAGAAGCAGCAGGGGAAUGCGCUCAUGCACACUGUGUCCAGCCUACGGGCCCUUUCGGGGAUUGGUGUUGGAGAAGACAUCGUGACGACGUCACCGUCACGUCACCAUUCGAUUCAGCACACCCAAAUCCCGUUGAAAAAAAAAAACCCCCAGAAAACCCACUCCAUCCCACCCCCACCCAGCACAAGAAAAAGGCACUGGGCAGCGGGGUCACUAGUGCCGACAUACAUACAAGAGUACCUCGCUCAGGCUGGAUGCGCCGGUCGCGUGCACGGGUUGAGCAGAGGUCCAUAUGGAGUCCAAAGUGGUCAAAGUGGGCGUCGCGCGAGGUGAAGCGGCAUGCGCUCGGCUCCGAACUUGCGGCGAGCAGGCAGGAGCAGGCAGACGAACUGGAGGAGAGCACGCGCCCGCCCAAGCAAAUAACGCAACCGACGCAGUGCCGAGUAACUGCCGACAAUAACCUGGUGAAGUUAGCCAAAGUGGCCCUGCAGGCAGGCCUA